AUGGAGGGCAUCGGUGCGGAAAUUGCAAAGAAUGAGGUCCAAAGUUUAGUAAAUUUUGUCAAAGGCGAAGUUCGAUAUUUAUGUUGUUUUCACAAUUAUGCUGCAACAUUUGAUAAGAAAAAGGAAGAACUAAAAGCAAAGCUCCUAGAUGUAAAUAGAAUUAUAGAAAAAGCCAGAGGUGUUUCUAGGGUUACAGAUGAAGCACUACAAUGGACACGGGAAGCUGGAAGUCUCAUUGAGUGUGACACUAGAAAAGAGAAAUGCUUUAAUGAUAAGUGUCUUAAUUGCUGGCAACAAUAUCGGAAAGGCAAAGACAUGGAGGAGAAGACACAACAGAUUGACAGACUUUUGAAAAGAUGUAACUUUAACAUAGUGGCAGGGGCAGCUGAUUUUCCUAGCAUAAAAUACCAAUCUUCACAGGAUUUCAUGCAUUUUGAGAGCAGAAAGUCACAGUUUCAAGAUCUAAAAAAGGCACUAGAAGAUGAAAAUUGCAAUAUGAUCGGAUUGCAUGGCACUGGGGGAACAGGCAAAACCUCAAUGGCAUUACAAGUGGCUGCUGAACUCGGAGGAUCCAAAUUUGACAAAGUCAUCUUUCUUGUUGUCUCUCAGCUUCUAGAUUUCAAAAAGAUUCAACAUGAUUUGGCAAAAGAUCUUGAUUUGGAAUUAAAGGAAGGAAAGGAAGAAGAACAUGCAAAGAAAAUAUGGUCCAAAAUCACUAAUAUGAAAGAGAGGCUUCUUAUAAUCCUAGAUGAUGUAUGGGAAGAGCUUGAUCUUAUACAAAAGUUGGGAAUCCCAUCUAGUCACCAACACAUGGAUUGCAGUGUAUUAAUAACCACACGUAAUCCACAUGUUUGUUCAUUAAUGAAGUGCCAAAAAUUGAUUCAAGUUCAGAUAUUGACUGACAAAGAUGCAUUGGAUCUUUUCCUAGCACAGGCUAGCAUUAAUGGUUCCUCUAGUGGUUUGAGGGUUGUGGCAGAAAAAAUUGUGGAGAAAUGUGGAGGAGUACCAGUUGCAAUUGUAGCAAUAGCAAGAGCAUUAAAAAAUCGGCCUUUAUUUGCUUGGACAGAUGCUUUGAAAGCUUUGGAAUCCAAUGAUAUUAAGCAAGGUUUGACAGAGGCUUAUAAAUGCCUGAAAUUGAGCUAUGAUUACUUGAAAAAUGAAAAAGCCAAAGAAAUAUUUGUCAUAUCUUCUUUGUUCCCAGAAGAUUUUCAAAUUUCUAUACAAAUUUUAAGCAAAUUUGCUAUAGGAUUGGGCCUUUUUGGAGAGGUGGACAGGUACCAUUCAGUAAGAAGCAAAGUGGGUGAAGCCAUACUAGAAGUGAUCGAUUCUUCUUUAUUGUUGACUGACAAUGAAGAAUGCAUGAAGAUGCAUGAUUUGGUUCGUGAAGUAGCUUUAUGGAUAAGAGAGAAAGAUACUCAAUGGAUCAUGGAUCUUAAAAAGCCUAUAAAACAGAACUUGCGGUAUUUGGUUUGGAAGAAUGAUGGUUUUCCUGGUAAAUUCGAUGGAAAGAACCUAGAAAUUUUAAUGAUAUUUCUAGGUGGUUCAAAGAAUUUGGAAGUACCUGAUACAUUUUUUAUAGAGAUGAUGAGGCUGAAAGUUCUGUAUUUAGCAAGUGAUGAACAAAUUUCAGUUCCAACACUAAUAUAUUCAUUUCGAUCAUUAAAGGAUGUUCGGACUCUCAACCUAUUGAAUUUGAAAUUAGGCGACAUCUCCUUGCUAGGAAACUUACAUAGGCUUGAGAGUCUUUGGUUAUUUGAUUGUUCAAUCAUUGAGCUACCAAAAGAAAUUUUAAACCUAAACAAGUUGAGGUUGUUGGAGGUAGAUAAAUGUGAAAUUGAAAAGAACAAUCCUUUUGAAGUGAUUGGAAAAUGCUCCCAAUUGGAAGAAUUGAGCUUUGUAGGAAAUCAGUUUGACAUAAAAGAAGCAUGUGUUGUUUUUGAAAAUUUAUCUCCUUCUACGUUACAUAGAUAUAAAAUAUCUUGGUGGAAUCUUGAAAGGAUUCGGGGAAUAGAAAAGUAUGGUUUCAUAUCAAGAUGGUUUUACCCAUGUGAUUGGCGGAAUCUAAUUUCAGAGGCAACAUUCAAGCAAUUUGUACGAACUGCCGAGCUUCUUAUAUUAGGAGGGUAUAAAGAAACAAGAUGGAAGAAUCUUGUCCCAGAUAUUGUUCCAGUGGAAGAAGGAGGCAUGAAUGAUUUAAUUGUUCUUCGUUUGUAUUCUUGGCCUGACAUGCAGUGCCUCAUUGACAGUAAGAAUCAUGAAACUAAUGUGACUACUUUCUCCAAGUUAGUUGAACUAAAUCUCAAAGAGAUGGAUGUUGAAGAUUUAUAUCGAGGUUCUUUGCCGUCUGGCUUUCUAGAGCAAUUAGAGACUAUGAGGUUGACGAAGUGCCAAAAAUUGAGAAAUAUAUCAUUUGAUGGCAAGUUGAGCCUGUGUCAUCUUAAGGUCAUGGAAUUGAAUGCUUGUCCAAAAUUGACAUCAAUUUUUCAAUCAUUCACCGCUCAGAGUCUCACGCAAUUGGAAACACUAAGUAUUGAGAAUUGUGAUUCCCUAGAACACAUCAUAGCAUAUAAGAGCUCGGAAGGAGAAAUAGCGGGUGGUGAUAAUGAAGAGAAGAGUUAUGAGUCAUUGUUCCCAAAAUUAAGAACUCUUCAAAUUAAACGAUGUGGAAGAUUACGAAUGAUCUUGCUAGUUCUUUUCAGCGGAGCUCUUGCAUCCUUGGAAGAGAUAACGAUAAGUGACUGUGAGCAGCUGAGUUAUAUAUUUGAUAAGUUCCAAAAUGGAGACCAUACUAUGCUGCCCUCACUAAAGAAAAUGGAACUUUCUCAAGUACCAAGUUUCAUCAGCAUUUUUCGAGAAUAUCACAAAUCCGUGUCUUUGUCAAUGCAAAAGCCAUCACCUCCAAUUUUGAGAACAAAGACAUCUGCAUUCUCUUGGGCUCAAAUGUGUUGUUUUGGGCAUAAAUCGAGUGAAGAGACCAACGUCGUCGUGUGUAAGGACAGAGUUCCGAACGACGCAACACAACAGGGAUCAUCAUUUGCAUCCAAGACAUGGUUUGAAACUUCUGGAAUCAUUCUGAGACAACUAUAUUUCAAUGUCGGUCAUAUCAAGAGGUUGAAAUUGGCACAAGUGUCUUUAAAUUCAGUGUCAUUAUUUACUUUAUCCAUGGCCUCGUUGAUAUUGUGGGAAGAGCUGACGGUUGAAGGAUGUGAUGGGUUGAAGGAUGUGAUAACAAUGGAGGAAGAUGAUUAUAAUGAUCAGAUGAUGAUGAGUUGCCACUCUGUUUUUCCGAAGUUAGAGAAACUAGAAAUCUUGGAGUGCAAGGACUUGCAAUUUUUAUUUCCAUCUUCAAUAUCUAUAGGACUUCAAAAUUUGAAGUCUUUGAUGGUCCGGAAUGCUCCUGAGUUAAAAUAUGUUGCUGGAAAAUACCAUUAUGUGGGUCAUCCAUCAAAUCAAAAUCAUAACAUUGAGCUUCACUUUGAUCUCCCGAAUUUAGUGUCACUCUGCCUUGAAGAUGUACCGAUGCUUAUCAGUAUUUUUCCAAUGAAUUAUAACUUGGCAUGGCCUUCUCUAGAGGAUGCUACUUUGGAGAAUCGCAACGUUGAAUCUUUUACUGAUGAUUUGCUGGUUUGCCUUGAAGGACAACCAAACAAGGAAACCAUCAAGGAAUCAGAUGCAUCUGAAAAUGUGAUGCCUCCUACUCGAGCAACUCGGUGCCUUUCAGUACAAUCAUUGGAUAAUAUUAAAAAGAUGACUCUCUGUAAUUUUUCCAAAUCAAAGACAUUGUUUACUCUACCAAUGGCCUCCAUGGUUAUGUGGGAAAAUUUGACAAUCAGAAGAUGUGAGCAACUAAAGCACAUUGUGGCGGAUGAGGGAGAAGUUGGAGCUCUCAUGAAUCACAGAUCCAUCUUUCCAAAGUUGAAAGAGUUAGAGGUUAAAAAUUGUGAUGCACUGGAAUAUCUAUUUCCAGCAUAUGCUUUCAGAUCACCCACACAUUUGAAAUCUCUAGAUAUUUGUAAUGCUUCUGAGUUGAAAUAUGUGUUUGGAACAAGCCAUCAUGAGAAUCAAAAUAUCCAAACUUACAUUGAUUUCCCUGUUCUGGAAUGGUUAAAUUUUGAAUCCCUACCAAGCCUCUUGAGCAUUUAUCCUAAAAAUUAUUAUUUGAGAGGCCUAUCUUCUCUAAAUUAUUUUUUGUUAGGGACUCCAGAGUUUAAUAUUACAUCUUUAACUGAUUUCACGGUUCAUGCACUUGGAGGACAACAGGAUUCCACCCCUGCACAGGCAGUGCAGAUGCUCUUGCAAUCCUUACGAUUUAUUGUAUUUCGUGAAUCUAAAAUAGAAGAGAUUUUCAAUUUAACACAUAUGGAAACAGAGAAAAAAGGGGAAGGACGUGAACCACUGACAUCAACCUUAAAUUGGUUGAAGUUGGAAACUUUAAGUGAGUUGAAGAAUAUAUGUGUGGGCCCCAAAUAUAUGCUUAGCCUCAACAACAUUUCACGAUUGAUAAUCAGAGGAUGCAACAAGCUUAAAGUUAUCUUCUCGAACUCUAUACUGAAGAGCCUACCGAAGUUGUGGCGGCUGAAGAUAUUAUCAUGCAAGGAGUUAACUCACAUCAUUGGGGAAAAUGCUGAUGAUGAUCAUUUGUGUCAUCAACCAUGCUUUCCAGACCUAUUUACAAGUUUUGGAUAUAAAAGAAUCUUCCAAACUUGA